UCCCUUCCCGACGCCUUUGGAGCCGCUGGCGAGCGACCCUUCUCCUCUCAGCGCCCCGGAGCCGCCGGGCGGAGCGGGGUGGCCGCGAUGGCCACCGUCGUGGUGGAAGCGGAGUCGGAGCCCUCCUGCAGCAUCCCCAACCCCACUUCGCCCAGCCUCUCCCACCGCUUCCUGGACAGCAAGUUCUACCUGCUGGUGGUCAUCGGCGAGCUCGUGACCGAGGAGCACCUGCGGCGGGCCAUCGCCAACAUCGAGCGAGGGAUCCGGUCAUGGGACACAAACUUGGUUGAAUGCAACUUGGAUCAAGAACUGAAACUCUUUGUGUCUCGACAUUCAGCUCGUUUUUCUCCAGAGGUUCGAGGUCAGAAGAUUCUUCACCACAGAAGUGAUGUUUUAGAAACUGUUGUCCUGAUCAAUCCCUCAGAUGAAGCUGUUAGUACUGAGGUGCGCUUAAUGAUCACAGACGCUGCAAGACACAAGCUACUUGUACUAACUGGACAGUGCUUUGAAAACACAGGAGAACUCAUUCUUCAGUCAGGGUCUUUCUCCUUCCAGAACUUCAUUGAGAUCUUCACGGAUCAAGAGAUUGGUGAAUUAUUGAGCACCACACACCCUGCCAACAAAGCCAGCCUAACUCUUUUCUGCCCAGAGGAGGGGGACUGGAAAAACUCCAACCUUGACAGACACAACCUUCAAGACUUUAUUAACAUUAAACUCAACUCAGCUUCCAUAUUGCCAGAAAUGGAAGGACUCUCUGAAUUCACAGAGUAUCUGUCAGAAUCAGUAGAAGUGCCAUCCCCUUUUGACAUUUUGGAACCUCCAACCUCAGGAGGCUUCCUAAAACUCUCGAAACCCUGCUGCUACAUUUUCCCAGGGGGAAGAGGGGACUGUGCACUGUUUGCCGUGAAUGGAUUCAACAUGCUUAUCAAUGGAGGAUCUGAAAGAAAAUCUUGCUUUUGGAAACUUAUCCGGCACUUGGACAGAGUAGAUUCUAUUCUGCUCACUCAUAUUGGAGAUGACAACCUGCCAGGAAUCAAUAGCAUGCUUCAACGGAAGAUAGCCGAACUAGAAGAGGAGCAAUCACAAGGGUCGACUACCAACAGUGACUGGAUGAAAAACCUGAUCUCACCUGAUUUAGGAGUUGUAUUCCUUAAUGUACCAGAGAACCUGAAGAACCUGGAUCCCAACUUUAGAGUAAAAAGGAGUGUAGAAGAAGCUUGUUUUACUCUCCAGUAUUUAAAUAAAUUGUCUUUGAAACCAGAACCUCUUUUCAGAAAUAUGGCAAGUACCAUUGACCCCAUCAUUUUAUUUCAGAAAAUGGGAGUUGGCAAACUUGAGAUGUAUGUGCUUAACCCUGUCAAAAACAGCAAAGAGAUGCAGUAUUUUAUGCAGCAGUGGAGUGGUACUAACAAGGAUAAAGAUGAAUUCUUGUUACCAAAUGGCCAAGAACUAGACAUUCCAUUAUCCUACUUCACUUCCGUCUCAUCCCUGAUUGUGUGGCAUCCAGCUAAUCCCGCAGAGAAAAUAAUCCGAGUUCUGUUUCCUGGAAACAGUACUCAAUAUAAUAUUUUAGAAGGACUAGAAAAACUCAAACACUUAGACUUCCUUAAACAACCCAUGGUUACACAAAAAGAUCUAGCAGGGAACAUUGCUAGUCCGUCUGUGAAACAAGCAAAGUUGAAACAACGAACAGACAGCAAAGAGAGUCUCAAACCUUCUUCAAAGACACCACCAAGCAAGCCUGUCCGAAAGGAAUCUAAAGAAGAAACAGUGGAGCCUACAAAGCCUAGUCCAGCACCAGAAAAGCCUCAGAAAUUGGAAAACAAAGAAAAAAUUCCAGUUAAGAAAGAGAAACCAGCAAAACUGGAGACCAAACCUACAGUGGCAGAAAAAGAUGUAACAAGUAAAGAAGAACAAUUAGUAAAAUCUGAAAUUCCUGAAAAACAAACUACAGAUGUAAAACCAAAAGUGCCAAAGGAGAAGCUCGUGAAAAAGGAAGUCAAAGCAAAACCUGAAGAAAAGAAAGAGGAAAAAGAAAAACCAAAGAAAGAGUUGUUGAAAAAAGAGGAGAAAACACCCAUCAAAAAAGAGGAAAAACACAAAAAAGAAGAGAUCAAAAAAGAAGUUAAAAAAGAGGUGAAAAAGGAAGAGAAGAAGGAAGCUAAGAAGGAAGUAAAGAAAGAAUCUCCACCAAAGGAAGCUAAAAAAGAAGCUAAAAAAGAAGAGAAGAAGGAGAUUAAGAAGGAAGAAAAAGAAGCCAAAAAGGAUGUCAAAAAGGUUCCUAAGGAAACAAAGAAGACAGCUACUCCUUCAUCUGAAGCCAAAAAGUCAGCAGCAAAGCCUAAACCACAAAAGAAGGAGGAACCUGCUAAAAAAGAAGCAGUACCUGCUGGAAAGCCAAAGGAAAAGGGAAAAGUCAAGACUGUGAAGAAGGAGAUCAAAGUCAGUGGAGCACAAGCUGCCCUUGCAGCAGCUGGAGUUGCUGCCACAGCUGUUGCAGCUGCAGAAAUUAUAGCCAGUGGAAAGAAACUUGAAGCAGAGAGAUCCCUUAUGUCUUCACCAGAGGAUUUAACAAAAGAUUUUGAGGAAUUAAAAGCUGAAGAAGUAGAAACAAUAAAAGAAACAAAACCUCAAGUUCCACUUAUAGAGGAUGAACUGAAACUCGCCAGCACGGUACAAAAAGAAGCCUUUGAAGUACAAAAAGAAAAAUUAGAUAACGAAGGACCUGCUGAGUCCUCUGAUGAAGGCAUAACUACCACAGAGGCUGAGGGUGAGUGCGAACAGACACCUGAAGAACUGGAACCUGUGGAAAAGCACAGAGUUGAUGACAAUGAAAAGUUUGAAGAUGAGGGAACUGGCUUGGAAGAAUCAUCCGAAGCAGGAGAUUAUGAUGAAAAGGCAGAGACAGAAGAGGCUGAAGAACGAGGUGAAGAUGAAGAAGAAAAAACACCACUGGACUCGACAAAACUCUAUAUGGACACACCAAGAAAAAAUGAAAAAAGCUCAGAAAAAACAAUGGUUGAAGCAGAUGCUAACAUUGAAGAUGAAAAGUAUAUUGAAAAGGCAGAUUUUGAGGCAUCAGAUGAACGGGCUGAGGAAGACAGGGGAGAAGCAAUAGAAAAAGCAGAAACUGAAGAGACUGAAGAAGAUGGGGAAGACAAAGCAGAAGAUGCCAGAGAUGCAGAGGAAACUUCAAAAACAGAAGCUGAAGAAGAUUAUGUGAUGGCUGUGGUAGACAAAGCUGCAGAAUCUGGUGAAGUUGAAGAUAAAUAUGGCCUGCUUAUAAUUACACCAACAAAGUGCUCAGAGCUUCAGUCUCCAGCAGUUGAACCAGCGUCUUCUAUCCAUGACGAGACAUUGCCUGGUGGUUCAGAAAGUGAAGCCACUGUUUCUGAUGAAGAAAAUAGGGAAGAUCAACCUGAGGAAUUCACAGCUACUUCAGGUUACACACAGUCUACCAUUGAAAUAUCCAGUGAACCAACUCCAAUGGAUGAAAUGUCAACACCCCGGGAUGUCAUGAGUGAUGAAACUAAUAACGAGGAAAGUGAGUCACCCUCUCAGGAGUAUGUGAACAUUACCAAGUAUGAGACAUCACUGUACUCUCAAGAGUUUGGCAGACCUAAACUUUCUCCACUUCCAGAUGCUUUUAAUGGAUUGUCUGAAGGAUCCAAAACAGACGCCACGGAAGGCAAAGACUAUAAUGCUUCAGCUUCCACCAUCUCACCACCUUCUUCACUAGAGGAAGACAAAUUUUGCAAAUCUGCAUUCCAAGACAUGUACCAGCAAAAAGAAAGUGAAAUCCAAGGCACUGCCAAAUUAGAAAUCAAAGAACCCUAUCAAGAAGAUGUUGGUGGAAAACGUAGUCCAGCCAAGAGUCCAGCUGACAGUUUGUCCCCUCCAUCACCUGUUGCCAAAACACCACUGGGUGAACGUAGUGUGAACUUUUCACUCACUCCCAAUGAGAUCAAGGUUUCAUCUGAGCCUGUCCCCAUUGCCACAUUGCCUAAUGUGCAUCAAGAAGUUGCUGAAGAGCACUGUGCAAGCCCUGAAGAUAAAACAUUAGAAGUAGCAUCUCCCUCACAGUCUGCUGCUGGUAGUGCUGGCCACACACCCUAUUAUCAGUCUCCCACUGAUGAAAAGUCCAGUCAGCUUCCCUCUGAAACCAGUGAAAAGUCAACAGAAGCUCCUGUUAGCUUUGCGUUCACUGAAGACAAAGAUGAGACUGCAAAACCCAGAAUAAGCCCUAUGGAUGAGCCAGUGCCAGAUUCAGAAUCUCCUUUUGAGAAGGUUCUCUCACCUCUGCGAAGUCCACCACUGAUAGGGUCAGAGACCAGUUACGAUACACUCUUGAGUGCUGAUUUAAAGUCUCCCACCAGAGGUUACGGAAGUCUUUCUGGGGAGAAACCUGACAAAGAGAAAUCCCCUGUUCAGAUGAGCCCAGCUUCUGAAGCUAGUUCUGUGGGCCUUUUCCAAGAAAAACAAGAUGAAAAAAGCAUGGAGUUUAUGGUAAUUAAGGAAAACUUCAGCCUAGAAAGGAAAAUGGAGGACACAGAAGCCAGCAGCUCCCAGUCAUCGUUGGCCUUGGAUGAGCGGAAGUUUGCAGGUGAUCUCUCACCUACUCAAAUAGAUAACAGUCAGUUUGGUUCUUUAAAAGAAGAUACCAAAAUGUCAAUUUCUGAAGGCACUGUUUCUGACAAGUCUGCAACUCCUGUUGAUGAGGUUGUAGCAGAAGACACCUAUUCCCACAUAGAAGGAGUGGCUUCUGUUUCUACAGCAUCUGUCGCAACUAGUUCAUUUCCAGAACCGACUACUGACGAUGUAUCUCCUUCUUUGCAUGCUGAGGUUGGAUCUCCUCACUCUACCGAAGUUGAUGAUUCCCUUUCAGUGUCAGUUGUACAGACACCAACAACUUUCCAGGAAACAGAAAUGUCUCCAUCUAAGGAAGAGUGCCCAAGGCCCAUGUCAAUUUCUCCACCAGAUUUCUCACCUAAAACUGGAAAAUCAAGAACACUAGCAAAUGAUCACAGAUCUCCUGAGCAGGCAACCAUGUCAGUAGAAUUUGGUCAGGAGUCCCCUGAGCAGUCUUUAGCAAUGGACUUCAGUAGGCAAUCUCCAGAGUAUCCUACUCUAGGCACUGGUAUACACCAUAUAUCUGAAAAUGGGCCAACAGAAGUAGACUAUAGCCCUUCAGAUAUGCAGGAGCCUACUUUUGCACGUAAGAUUUCCCCCGUGGAGCACUCAUCUUACUCUCAGGAGAAAGAUAUUUCUGAAAUAAUUUCAGUUUCUCAAAUUGAAGCUUCAUCCUCAACUUCAUCAGCUCAUACACCUUCCCAGGUAACUUCACCAUUGCCAGAGGAAACUUUUUCAGGUACUGUUCCUCCCAGAGAUAUAUCACUACAUUCUCCUUUUACCUCAGAAAAGGUGCAGAGCCUAGGAGAAAAGCUGUCACCGAAGUCUGACCUAUCUCCAUUAACUCCAAGAGAAUGCUCUCCUCUGUACUCUCCUACUUUUCCAGAUUCACCCCCUGCAAUCAAAGAAGUGGUGUCAGCUAGUCACGCACCUUCGUUGUCACUGCAGGUGUCCUCUGUCAAAGCAUUUGGUUACCAGGACCCCCUAACAAAGCACAGUCCAGAACCUUUAUUCAGCCCAGGAAAAGAAGAUUCAGAGAAGAGCAGCAGGUCACCAGAAGAAAUGAGUUAUUCUUAUGAGAAAACUACUAGGUCACCAGAGGAUAUUAGCUACUCCUACGAGGCAGCUGGAAAAUCUACUCGAUCACCUCAGUCUACAGAUUAUUCCUAUGAGGCAACCAGGGAAAUGACCAGAUCUCCUGAGGCCACAGAUUAUUCUUAUGAGGUGACAGGGAAAACCACCACAUCACCAAGGUCCAUGGAUUAUUGCUAUGAGAUGACUGGGAAGACCACCAGGUCACCUGAGGCCACAGCGUACUCAUAUGAGAGAAGUGGGAAAUCUACCAGAUCACCCGAUGCUAUGGAUUACUCCUAUGAGACAACAAGGAAAGCCACUAAGUCACCAGAAGCCAUUAGCUACUGUUAUGAAACACCUGGGAGAACCAGCACAUCACCAGAGGCCAUGGCUUACUCCUAUGAGACAACUGGGAAAGCCUCCAGUUCACCUGAAGCCACAGAUUACUCAUUUGAGACAAACGGGAGAGCCACCAGGUCACCCAAAGCUUCUGGCUAUUCCUAUGAAGCAAGCGGACGUUUCACUCCAGGGAAAUCGCCAGCGGAAUCCCGUCAGGAUGUCGACUUAUGCCUUGUGUCCUCUUGCGAAUACAAACAUCCCAAAACUGAACUUUCACCCUCGUUUAUCAACCCAAACCCCCUUGAGUGGUUUGCAAGUGAAGAUCAGUCUCAAGAUCAAGAGAAGCUGUUAACUCAUUCCGGGGGAACCCAGCCCCCCUCGGGAGGAAAGCAGCAGGGACGGCAAUGUGAUGAGACUCCCCCCACAUCCGUGAGUGAGUCUGCUCCAUCUCAGACCGAUUCAGAUGUUCCCCCAGAGACAGAGGAGUGUCCUUCCAUCACUGCAGAUGCUAACAUUGACUCGGAAGAUGAGUCAGAAACCAUUCCAACGGACAAGACAAUUACAUACAAACAUAUUGACCCGCCACCUGUCCCAAUGCAGGAUCGCAGCCCUUCUCCUAGGCACCCUGAUGUUUCCAUGGUUGACCCAGAGGCUCUGCCUGUUGAUCAGAAUUUAGGUAAACCUUUAAAGAAGGACCUCAAGACAAAGACAAAAAAACAAGGUACUAAGGCCAAGUCAUCUUCUCCUGUUAAAAAAAGCGAUGGUAAAUCGAAGCAAGUGGCUUCACCAAAGCCAGCUAUAAAAGAAUCUUUGGACAAAGUUUCCAAAACAGCUUCUCCAAAAACCAAGAAUUCUGUGGAGAAGGCAACCAAAAUUAUCUUUAGUCCAGAACUAAAGUCCCAAAUGGAAGUGAAAGAUAAGGACACCAAGAAUGCUGCAAAUACAACAACAUCCAAGUCAGCAAAGACUGCAACUACAGGACCUGGGAAUGCUAAGGUAGCAAAAUCUACAGGAGUGCCUCCAGGACCUCCGGUGUAUUUGGAUCUGGUGUACAUUCCCAACCACAGCAAUAGCAAGAAUGUCGACGUUGAGUUUUUCAAGAGGGUGCGUUCAUCCUACUAUGUGGUGAGCGGGAACGAUGCUGCAGCUGAGGAGCCAAGCAGGGCUGUUCUGGACUCCCUGCUGGAGGGCAAGGCACAGUGGGAGAGUAACAUGCAGGUGACCUUGAUCCCAACCCAUGACUCAGAAGUGAUGAGGGAAUGGUACCAAGAGACCCAUGAGAAACAGCAGGACCUCAACAUCAUGGUUUUGGCAAGCAGCAGCACUGUUGUUAUGCAAGAUGAAUCUUUUCCUGCAUGCAAGAUUGAAUUGUAAGAACGAGACCAUGUACCACAAGACUAGACUUUGUUUCCAGAAAUUCUUCCAUUUGAAAACAUAUUUUCUAAAAAUUCAACCUAUCUAUUUCAACUGCUGAACUAUAUACCUGCCAAAUGCUAAUACUGUGUCACAGUGAUGCAAGUCACUAACAUUUUUAAGUCUUUGCUGAUUGCUAAGGGGAAAAAAACCACCCAGUAUUAAACGUUAAAUUAAAUUUUAAUUAAACAUUAAAAACAGGGUUAAGAUUCCUGCAAAAAUACAGAUCCAGUCUCAUCUCCGCUGAACAUUUGGAAACCAUGCACUAACAACCUCAACUGACUUCUGCCAGGUAGAGGCAUUUGCCCUCUAGAGAAACACAGAGUGAAAGAGAGGGGUAGGAGGAGAAAGUGACAAAUAAUUAGAUCUGCAUUCGUUUUAUGGCAAUAGAUGUAUCGCUUACUACAGCCUGUUUAUGCUCUCACGUGAAAACAAAGCUUUAAAUUUGCAUCAAUCUGAGCUAUUGCAAGGGGGAUCCUUUUUUAUACAGAAUUUACUUAGCUAGAAAAUAAAAAUAAAUAGAACAUGGCUAGGAAGGGAUGUACAACCUAAACGCUCAUCAGCAGUUCUCCACUUUAAUUUGAACUCUGUAUACUGACAUACCAUAACAAUCAUAGGCCAAAUAUGCAUGUAAUAUGCACUUGUCCAGAAAUCUAAAACCUUUAGUUCAACAUGCAGAAUUGUUGUUCUAAGGCAUGCUUCCAGUGAAAGUCCACUCACUCCAGCCAGAACUGAUCGGUCCACAUGCUUAAAAACCCAUGUCCACUGUCAAUUAACUGAAGCAAAAUACCAAAGCAUUUGGGAGUACAUACAGUAGACAAUUUGCCUUAGAAAGUUACUUGAAUGUACAAAGAAACUUGAUGCACUUAUUUCAUAGAAUAAUUUUAGUUGAAAAAGGCCUCUAAGGUCAAGUCCAACUGUUAGCACUGCUGAGUCCACCACUAAACCAUGUCUCCAACUGUCACAUCAAUGCAUCUUUUAAAUAAAUCCAAGAGAAGUGACUCAACCACUUCCCUGGGCAGCCUGUUCCAGUGCUUGACAACCAUUUUGGUAAAUAAAUUCUUCCUAAUGUCCAGUCUAAACCUCUGCUGGUGCAGCUUGAGGCUUUUGCCUCUUGCCUUGUUGCUUGUUGCGUGGAGCAAAAGACCAACUGCCACCUCGCAACAAUCUCUUUUCAAGUAGUUCUAGAGAGUCAUCAUGUCUCCCCCAACCCCAGUCUCCUCCAGGCUGAACAGUUCCCUCACCUCAGUUCCCUCAGCUUCCUCCCCAUCAGACCUGUGCUCCAGACCCUUCACCAGCUUCAUUGCCUGUUUCUGGACACUGUCCAGCACCUCGGUGUCCUUCUUGUAGUAAAAGGCCCAAAACUUAACACAGCAUUCAAGGUGUGGCCUCCCCAGUGCUGAGUACAGGGGGACAAUCACUUUUUUAAUGUUGAGAUAGCAAAUUUAUUAAACAUCUGUGCAGGAUCAUAGUUAAACCAUUAAAGAACUGUGAGUGUGCAUGUGCAGUUUUAGAAACCUAUUUGACUGGUCAAAUGGCAUGGUGCUAUGAGUCAGUUAUAGAAACACUUCAUCGAUGCACCUGGGCAGCUCAGCAAGCCAAGGUGCGCAUUUUUUUCAUAAUGUGGAAGCAAGAUUGAAGUGGUAUCCAGUAUCAGAGUCACAAAACAUUUAGAAUGAUGAAAAAGGUCACCUGUGAGCCUGUACGGUGUUCAACCUUCCUUUGUGAUACAUUAUUUUAUUUGUUUAAUUUAAGAGUGAAUAUGGGAGCAAAUGUACAGAAACCUUUUUUUUAGUGCUGUGUGAACUUU